AUGUCUUCAGCGCCCGUCCUGGUCGUCCUGGGAAGUGGACCUGGAAUCGGCAUCUCGACUGCCAAGCUGUUCGCUCAGAGGCACUUCGGUCAAAUCGCGUUGGUCUCGCGCAACGCCGAGCGCCUUGAGAAUGACAAGAAAGAGGUCGAGCAAGCUGGAAAGGAGGCUGGGAAGCAUGUCGAAGUCCACACGCUGCCAACGAACAUCGGCGACCUUGACCAGCUCCCCGCGACACUCGCGAAGAUUCAAAAGCUUGGGCCUUUGGGCUGUGUCUUCUACAACGCGGCGAGAAUCCGGUCUAGCGAUAUCCUGAUGACUCCAGUGGAAGAGCUUGAGGAGGACUUCAAGGUAGCGUAG